AAAAUUAAAAAAAAUGAAUAAAAGAAAGAAAACAGUUGUGUCUUUUGGUGACUGACUGAGUUUUUCGACUCCUCCUCCCACAGUUGUCUUCUUAGAGAGGAGCGUAACUGGCGUGUAUAUCAUUAAUUUCAGAUAUUCUUAAAUUGAAUUCUAUGAUUUGAAUUUGAAAGAAAUCGAAUCUCAUUAGAUUUUAUUCUUCGUUUUCAAAUAGUCUUUUGAGAGAUUUGUGAUUUUGAUUUUGGUUUAGGGGUUUUUUAUUUUGAUUUUAGACGGAUGAGAGAUGCAGAAAGCAUCUCGGAAAGCUCUUCUUAAUCAGAGAAGAGCUUCUUCUUCUUCGUCUAAUGGGAAAACAACAACGGCUACAAGGCAUUUGUAUAAAGUCUCUCUGUCUCUACUUCUUAUCUGGUGGCUCUUUUUCCCUGUCUUGAUUGGUCACAGCGGUGAUACCAACAACAACGAUAACUACACAGAUAAAUCUGGUGCUGAGGUUGAGGAGCACACUUUGGAUGAAGCUACUGAGCAGGUUGUAAGUGAAAGAUCUGAUUCUGGAACUACUGACAUUCUAUAUGUUUCGGCUGUUAGCACUAAGGACUCUGAUCUAGAUACAUGUACUGACACAACAAGCUCAGAUACCCAAUUGCUUACUAGUGGUGAAUUACUCGCAAUUGGGAAAAAUGAAAAUGAUCAAGAAUCUGUCAAGGAGAAGGAGAAAUUAGAGGUGGUAGAUUUGGGCGAGAAGGUGGUGGAAAAGGAGUUUACUAGUGGUGGUUCAGUGACCAUUGAAAAAAAUGAAAAUGCUCAAGAAUCUGGCAAGGACAAAGAGAAAUUAGAGGUGGUAGAUUUGGGGCAGAAGGUGGUGGAAAAGGAGUUGAACUUGAAGCUAAACAACAACAACAACGAUAGACUAUCACGUGCAGCGCCACUCGGUCUUGAUGAAUUCAAGAGUAAGCAGCUUAGCAUUCCAAAGGGGAAACCUGUAAAUGGCUUGUCUAGAUGUGGUGUUGUUCAUAGAAAGGAAGCUGGUGGAACGGAGUACAAUUAUGCAUCUGCAUCCAAGGGAGCUAAAGUUUUGGAUUUUAACAAAGAAGCUAAAGGUGCCUCUCAUAUCCUGGGCAAAGACAAGGAUAAGUACCUGCGCAAUCCUUGUUCUGCUGAAGUCAAAUUUGUUGUUAUAGAACUUUCAGAAGAAACAUUGGUGGACACAAUUGAAGUAGCAAACUUUGAGCACCACGCGUCUAAUUUGAGGGAUUUUGAGGUACUAGGCAGUUCUGUAUAUCCUACAGAUAAAUGGGUAAGUCUUGGAAAUAUCACUGCGAGAAAUGCCAAACAUGUGCAGAGAUUUGACCUUGAGGAGCCAAAAUGGGUGAGGUAUGUCAAGUUCAAUCUGCUGAACCAUUACGGUUAUGAAUUUUAUUGUACGCUGAGUGCUGUGGGAGUUUAUGGAAUGGAUGCUGUCGAACAGAUGGUUGAAGAUUUAAUCUCAGUUAAUGAUAACCACCUUGGAUCCGAAGAAGUUAUUGUGGGGCCAGCACCUACACCCCCACAGCCUGAAGAACCUGCUCAGGGAGAUGGUUGGGAUUUUGAUAAUGAAUCUGUAGCAGAAAGUGCUAACUCGAGACCUGAUGUUCCAAAAAGCAAUGUGCGAAAUCCAGUUCCUGAUGACAAGCCUCAGCAAGUUGGGAGAAUGACUGGGGACACUGCUCUUAAGAUACUUUUGCAAAAAGUUCGAUCAAUGGACUUGAGUUUGUCUGUUCUCGAACGAUACUUGGAGGAACUAAAUUCUAGAUAUGGCAACAUCUUCAAGGAACUUGAUGAUGAAAUUGCUGCGAAAGAUGUGCUCCUCGACAAGUACAGAGAAGAUAUAAAGAACCUUGCUGACAGCAAGGAGGUCAUGGCUAAAAAUGUUGCUGAUCUCAUUGGUUGGAAAUCGCUUGUUUCCUCGCAAAUAAGUAAUCUAGUUGAUGAUAACGUGAUUCUCAGAUCCGAGGUCGAGAGGGUUCUGAAAAAUCAGUCUUCCAUGGAAAACAAGGGUGUUGUUAUUUUGCUUGUUAGUUUCAUUUUUGGUUGCAUAGCUCUUUCAAAAAUAAUAAUAGAACUAGUUUUUAAUUUACUAAGAAUACAGAAAUCCGGGAAAUUCACAGUGACAAGCUCCUCCUUGUGGCUUGUCUUGUUGUUGAGUUGUAGCAUUGUAGUAAUCAUCCUCUUGUAAUUUUGUUCCAUGAUAAUUUUCCCUAUAUUUACGUAGUAUAAUAUAUGAAAGAAAAAGAAAAAGUUACUGUUUUUUUCAGUCACUAAUGUACUUUUUCUUUUAUGUAAACUAUGAAAAAAAAAGAUCCCCCAAAUUUCUUCAAAUUAGACUUGGGAAUAAUUCGAUGUGAAUUGAGACGUAUAUUCCAACACGUGUCACUAACCCACGUUCCCUUUGCUUGAACAAUGCUUUAUCUUGAUUCUUCCUCUGUUUAGCAAAUGGAAAAAAGAGACAUGACUGAUAAUAAAAUUCUGAUCGAGGUUAAGAAAAUCAGCGACGGUGAUGAUGGAAGUGUCAGCAGUAAAGCAGUAGUUAUAUCUGGGGGCGAUCAUGAAGAUCACCACCUACUCGUCUUACCAAAAUCGCUUCCUCAGAUGGGAAAGGAAAAUGACAAAGGAAUAGAAGAGAUGGUUAAACAACUUAAGAAAGUACAGAAACAAAAUACAAUAACUCAUUGUCUUCUUUCUGUUAUGAUAUUGCUUACCGUAGCUUGGCAAGUAUCCGAAGUUUCACUCAUAUUAAGGGUGAAAAACAAAUUAAAAAACCCAUUUAAAUCACUUUGGAAUUCGAGCUAUUGCUGGUGGUGGUCCUCGCCGGGGUGCUAAGGAAAGAAUUGGUGAAGAGAAAUGUAGUAGCAGUGAAAGAGAUGAUUCUAAAUCAGUAGUUUCAGAUUUGUGUUCGCAGAUUGAACCACCUCCUCUUCCGGAGCUCAGAAUUCCAGAUGUCGCGAAUAUGGACUUGCCUGGCUUGGGGUCAAAUGGUGGCAAUGAUGUUGAAGGAUGAUAUCUUUAAACUUUAAACCCAUGGGUGUUAUUUUUGCUGUCAUUAAUAGGACUGUGUAAUGAAAUUAAAUUUUAAAGUCUUUUCUUCUUUAGUCUGAUAUGUGUUUGUAAUCCUAUUUCAGCCGUGAUUGGAAUUGUUAUUCAGCUAUUGCUUUUGAUUACAAAAACAUAGCAAAUCAGUA